AUGCCCAGUUAUUCCGACGAGAUACCCAAUUUUGGAGUCGAUUUCCGGCAGUUUCUGAGGCAAACAACUGACUUGGUGACUCUUGAUUCGGGCUUGUUUUGGCUAAAUUUCAAGAAUCUUACACGUUCUUGGGUCUUCCUUGAACGUGUUUAUGAAGGAAUCAUGUGCCGAAUCAUCUCCAUAUAUCACAACGAGAUCUUCAAUUUCGGAACUCUAUUUCGUGGAAUAGGGGCAGAGCUUAAGAGUUCUCUUCAGUUGAGAGAUUCGAUCUCCUUAAAUCUUCUCUUGCAUAGCGGAUGUGAUGGAAUGCACUCCUGGGAAUGCCUUGAACUCGUUCCAAGUGGAGGGAUUCAUCGAAUCAUCCUUCAACUCUGCAACGGUUGCUUCCAAGCACAGGCUUUGUUUUGUCAAUGUGGGACAGCCUGA